AGAAGCAAAAUACGAUAAAAGCCAGACCUCCCCAGCAUUGGUUCCUCCUUCCGAAAAGGCAUCUUGGCUUAUAUUCUCAGAAUCUCUCUCUCACUAAAUCCUCUCUGUGUGGUUGCGAGCCCUUCUUCGGGAUUUCUGUCCUUCCAUCUCUGUGCCUUUGUAUUCAGUGCAACAAUCUAUCAAGCACCUCGCCUCCACUUCUUCCUUGGUCCCUCCCAAACUGUAGUUCUCAUCGCUUGAUAAAGACCGCCAUGGAUUGACCAUUCCAGCUUCUACACUUGCCUUCCCCUGCAGCCAUGCCUCAUUCCUCAGCCCUGUACCAAGAGCCCACGAACCUCCUCGAUUUCGCCACCCAGUUGGGCAACUUCGCCCUCAACUCGAAGCUCCGCACGGCCGCCUCCGAAGGGCCCUCCUCGCUCUUCUCCAGCUUCUCGUUUCUUGAUGAUGUUUCGGUUGCCGCGAAGAGACCCGGCUUCUACGCCUCCCUAAGCCUGAGUUCCCGGGGCAGAUCCUCGAGCUUCCGCGGGUUCCUGAACGAGUUCAACCGGUUCAUCCGGCUCCAUUGCGAGAGAAUCCCGAUUGGGUUCGCGUCGGUUCAGGUUAAUUCGGGGGAAGGGAACGGGGAUGGUAACGUGCUGAAGGAGGACACUUGUGGGGUCUUGGUGGAUAAUGGGGCGAACGAGAACGGUCUCGGGGGUGAUUGUCGGAAGAAAGUUCUGAUUUUGAUGAGUGAUACUGGGGGUGGACACAGGGCUUCUGCAGAAGCUAUUAAGGCUGCGUUCAAUGAAGAAUUUGGGGAUGAGUAUCAGGUGUUUAUUACUGAUUUGUGGACAGAUCACACCCCUUGGCCAUUCAACCAACUUCCUAGGAGCUAUAACUUCUUGGUAAAACAUGGAUCUUUAUGGAAGAUGACCUAUUAUGGAAGUGCUCCGCGUGUUAUCCAUCAGUCAAAUUUCGCUGCAACUUCUACUUUCAUAGCUCGAGAGGUCGCAAAAGGACUGAUGAAAUACCAGCCAGAUGUUAUUAUAAGUGUACAUCCCUUAAUGCAACAUGUGCCACUUCGAAUUUUGCGGCAAAAGGGUCUUCUGGAUAAAAUUGUGUUCACUACGGUUGUAACAGAUCUGAGCACCUGCCACCCCACAUGGUUUCAUAAACUCGUAACUCGGUGUUACUGCCCCACAACAGAGGUCGAGAAGAGGGCAUUGAAAGCUGGGCUUAAACCUUCGCAAAUUAAGGUUUAUGGUCUUCCUGUGAGGCCUUCGUUUGUCAAACCUGUGAAGCCAAAGGAUGAUCUCAGGAGGGAACUAGGGAUGGAUGAGGAGCUUCCUGCUGUCCUUUUAAUGGGAGGUGGGGAAGGGAUGGGCCCAAUCGAGGCGACUGCUCGGGCACUUGGGGAAGCGCUAUAUGACGAGAAUCUGAUGAGGCCAAUUGGUCAGGUUCUCGUAAUUUGCGGCCGAAACAAAAAACUUGCCAGUCAGUUGCUUUCAAUCGAUUGGAAGAUUCCUGUUCAGGUAAAGGGGUUUGUUACUAAAAUGGAGGAAUGCAUGGGUGCUUGUGACUGCAUUAUUACCAAACGUUCUACAGGCGGGACCUGGGACUAUUGCAGAAGCCAUGAUCCGAGGCCUCCCAAUAAUUCUUAAUGAUUACAUAGCUGGGCAGGAAGUUGGGAACGUCCCAUAUGUGGUGGAAAACGGGUGCGGUAAAUUCUCAAAAUCCCCGCAGGAGAUAGCAAACAUUGUGGCCCAGUGGUUUGGCCCGAAAGCAGACGAGCUGAAGGCCAUGUCGCUGAACGCGCUGAAGCUUGCGAGGCCCGAUGCCGUGUUCAAGAUCGUGAAUGAUCUCCACGAGCUUGUUAGACAGAGAACAUUUGUGCCCCAAUACUCUUGUACGACGUAAUAAGAAAACAAAAAACUUUGACCACUUGUGGUCGGUUUUUGCCACGAUUGUUUUGCCUGGAUGUAAUGUCAUCGUGAGGCUUUCUCUUACGGGGUUCCUAAUGAUAAUGUUAUUGUGUUCUUGUAUGUCUCUGGCUUUUGCCAUUCUGGGAAGUAAUGUUGAAGAGUAGGAUCUGAUUUUCGUUCA